AUAGUUGAGGGUGAAGAUGUCCCCAAUGUUAGUUAUGAGUGCCAUGGUGAUACCAUCAACACACAAUUAGAUGAAAGCAGUGACGAUGGGUUUUUAGAUUAUCAAUCAUGGGAUGAAGGUUAUGUUAGUAGUAUAGAUUCUGAAGAACCUGAGGGUGAAGUGGAUAAAACACAUAGAAGGGGUAGGAAAAGAAAGUUCAAUGUCAGUGAUAAUUUAGAAUUUGGAGUGGAGUUUAAUGUUCCUGGAGAUGGAAACACUGAUUGGGACUUUUGUGUGAGGAUGUUGUUUGGAAAUGUGGACUUGUUUAUAUAUGCAUUGAAGGAUUGUAUAAUAAAGAUAGGGAUAAAUUGUUUGGAUUACUACCAGCAUAUGUUAGGGAA